AACACAUUCGCGUUUCGAAUCGAAACGAAGAAGAUCGAGAUCAGUGAAAUCACGAAACCAUGUUCUUAUUCGAUUGGUUCUACGGAAUCUUAGCCUCGUUAGGGUUAUGGCAAAAAGAAGCAAAGAUCUUGUUUCUCGGACUCGAUAAUGCUGGCAAAACCACCUUACUUCACAUGCUCAAAGACGAGAGAUUAGUUCAGCAUCAGCCGACGCAACAUCCAACGUCUGAGGAACUUAGUAUUGGGAAAAUAAAGUUCAAGGCUUUUGAUUUGGGUGGUCAUCAGAUUGCUCGUAGGGUUUGGAAAGAUUACUAUGCCAAGGUUGAUGCUGUUGUCUACCUUGUGGAUGCUUAUGACAAAGAGAGAUUUGCUGAGUCAAAAAGAGAGCUUGACGCUCUUCUCUCGGAUGAAGCCCUUGCAACUGUUCCGUUUCUGAUUCUUGGAAACAAGAUUGAUAUCCCUUAUGCAGCUUCAGAAGACGAAUUGAGGUAUCACUUGGGUCUCACUAACUUCACCACUGGUAAGGGCAAAGUCGCCCUCGGAGACUCUGGUGUUCGCCCACUCGAGGUUUUCAUGUGCAGCAUUGUCCGGAAAAUGGGUUAUGGCGAGGGAUUUAAAUGGCUCUCUCAGUACAUCAACUAAGGACAGACGUCAUGUCUUUUUCAUAUUUCAAAAUUCAAACCAACCCCAAGAAGAUUUUCCGUACAAUUUGUCUAUUUCGAGCUAAAAGAUUUGUGAUUGAUGUCACAUCCUUCCCUUAGAAGACUUGAACACUUUUUUCUCUUAUUUGUUCUUUUUGUUGUUUGCUGUGUUAAACAUAAGUUUGGUGGCUUGCAUUUCCAAACUUAUUCAUGUCUCUCGUCCACAUUUUUGUCAACUGCUUAUGUUUCAUUGAACAUUAUUCCCAAGUUAGACCACCAACUCUUUUGAACAUA